CGUGAUAAGGCUUGUGUGGAUGUCUGUGGCUGCUACGCUGUCUGUCCUCUGACACACCGGGAUACAACCUCAAGCCAAAAGAUGUUUUUGUCUGCAGCUUUUCGCUCUGCUGUGUCGCACACGGCCAGGCAGGUGAGGAGUCUGCAUCAGUCUGCUGCACGGGCCGGAGCAGGAGGAGUCUUUUUGCACAAAGAUACUCCUGACAACAACCCUGAUAUUCCAUUUGAGUUCACUGAGGAAAAUAAGAAGAGGAUUGAAGCCAUCAUUUCAAUGUAUCCUGAAGGACAUAAGCAAGCAGCCACUAUUCCAGUGUUGGAUUUAGCCCAAAGACAACAUGGAUGGCUCCCCAUUUUUGUCAUGAACAAGGUGGCCGAGGUGUUGGAGGUCCCUCCGAUGAGAGUGUACGAAGUGGCCACAUUCUACACGAUGUUCCUGCGUCAGCCCGUGGGAAAAUACUUCAUUCAGAUCUGCACAACAACACCCUGCAUGCUCUGCAACUCCGACAGCAUACUGGAGGCCAUCCAAAACAAACUGGGUAUCAAGGCUGGAGAAACUACUCCAGACAAGAUGUUCACACUUCUAGAAGUGGAAUGUCUAGGUGCCUGUGUGAAUGCUCCAAUGGUCCAGAUCAAUGACGACUAUUAUGAGGACUUAACACCUAAGGACAUUGAGGAUAUUAUUGAUGAACUAAAAGCAGGCAGAGUUCCACCACCAGGACCCAGGAGUGGGCGUUUCUCUUGUGAACCAGCAGAAGGAUUGACGUCUCUCACGGAGCCUCCUAAAGGCCCGGGCUUUGGUGUCAGAGCAGACUUGUAGACAUUUCCAGCUACUGUCUGCUUUCUUUUUCAAAAGCAACUUGUCCAUGACACUGACGUAAUGUACAACGCAAACAUACUGUGUAAAUAAACUGUUCAUAUACCUGU